UCAACCUUUAAUGGUGUGAAAUUUGAAGCAACCUCUUCAUAGACUUGUAGCUCCACGGCUUAAACAGGACUGAAAGAAAGACAAAAGACGGUGCAAUAGACUUCAAUCUUCUUAACAAUGGAUGUAGGGAUGUUGGAAAUUCCUGAGGAGCUGUCAGAAAGGUUUCACAGAACAGCAGGGCAUCGACAUCCAGCAAUAGUGACAGAGGUUGCACCUCCCCAAGUAAAGGCACCACACAGUGUUACUCUGCCUCAAGAUUUAGACAGAUACCCAUUUUCUCACUAUGUCAAGUCCAUACUGAAGGAUACAUGGUGCCAACCUCAGGGAACACCCAUCCAAAUAGCGCUCACCCCUCUAGAACCAGACGAUGCCUCCACUGCCCUUGAAGUUUAUAAACUGAUCAUGCGGUUCACAGGUGAGUCAGACCUCAGUGACUUGCAGGAGCAGAUGUUGGGAAACUACAUAAUUGAGAAAGGCCAGAACCAACCUGCCUUAAGGGAUGAGAUCCUGGCCCAGUUGGCAUACCACACAUGGGGUAUGAGUGAAGAGCAACGUAACCUGCAAGGCUGGUUGCUUCUGGCCUGCUGCCUCUGUGCCUUCACUCCAUCCCCAGUACUAGAAAAACCCUUGCUAAAAUAUGUAUCGGACCACGGACCAAUGGAAUACCGUUCACUGUGCCAGCACAAACUGCUCACAUCUAUGCAGCUCCAAGCACCCACUUCCCGUAUUUGUCCCCCAUCUCAGCUGGAAUGGAUCAGCAACAAAAGGAAAGGCAGAAUGCUUGUGGAUGUAUCUACAUUCAACGAAGAGAAGUUCACAACUGAAGUGGAGUCCUGGACCACAGGAGAAAAACUCGCCUCAUGGUUUCUCUAUGCCAGAGGUAUGAUAGAGGCAACAGAGGGAUGGUCUGUCUCUCUUCUGACUGAUGAGGGGUGGUCUGAUUUGGCUGGAUCAGACUUUGUCAUGGAUCUGCUGGCUGGCACUGAGGCAGAAGUACUGACUCCAGGCACACCUUCUUCAAUUAACUCUGAUUACCUAUUCAGUGGCCUGGAUGACCGGACACCAGUUACGGAUCUUGAGGACUUUAUUCCGCCAGCACCAAUCACUGAAGCUCCAAGAGUUCCUCAUCUUCCAGGAAACCUGUGGGGACGGGACUUUCCACAGGAAGGCCAUCAUCAGCAGAUGGAUGCAUAUGUUGAUGACUUGUUUGAACUGGACCAACAACAAUUGGAUGUGGAAAGAGUAGCUGUGUUAAACCGCAAGAUGAGAGGUGCAGGAGGCAUUGGACCCAUGCAGCCUGGAUCCUAUACUUCUGGUAUGUCUACUUUAAUGUCAGGCUAUCCUAUGGGACUGCCAGUCAGCCCAUCAAUGCCAAGCUACGGUAUGAUCCCACCUAUGACAGCCAUACCCACCAUGCCAGCCAUGAUGAUACCUCAGGCUCCGGCUGCCUCAAUCCCUGACCCCAUGCAGCUGGCAGCAACACAGCAAGCCCUCAUCAACCAGCAGGCUCUGCUUAUGGCCCAGCAGAUGACUAUGCAGGCAAUGACUCUGUCCCAACAGCAGACAGAAGAUCAGCAGAGGUUGAGGGAACAGCAGAGGACGCAGGAAGAGCGCCAGAGACGCACACUCACUUCUUCCCCUCAAUCUCAACCUGGAGGCCAUCUUAGUCACUUUUUACCAGAGCCACAACCAGAAGUGAAUUUACGUGAUCAAGAGGACCUGCAGUCAUUUAGAGAUAAAAUGCAGUACUUUCACAAAAUUGGUGAGCCCAAUACCCAGGUUUCUCCCUCUACUCCAGUCAAACAGCAACAUCCUGCAUCGUCAGCACGUCCAUCCGCUCCUCCUACAGCACCUAAACCAAAGGUUAAGGGGAUCCCGAUUCCUGCAAACAAAACAGAAAGUCCAACCACAGCUCCACUCUCUGAACCAACCUCCAACAUUCGGGAAAUCAUCAAAAAGUUCAACAGUCGGCCUCCACCAGAACCCAAACACUUUGAACCUGUCAGAGCUCCUACAAGGCAGUUCGUGAAGAAAGUAGACCCCAAACAGGAAGCUCUUGCCAAACUUAGACAUAAAGCACCAGUCCCACAACAAAAGAAACAGUGGGUGGCAUCUUCUCCAGUGGAAAAGCAAUCUCCUCUACACACUCCAUCAGGAAAAACAUGCCCUCCCUCUACCAUGGGUCCUCGUCUCAUCUCAGAAAAUAUGAGGCAAAAGCAGCGCUCACUGGAAGAUUUGUUUGGCUCACAGUGCCAUCAACACAUUUUGCCACCUCCUCCUGACUCCGCUCCAUCUCUUGAACUUCAUAUUCCUGACCCACCAACCACGGUUGCACCUGCUCUUUGUAUGAUUCCAGAGGACGAGAGCUGUCAAUCUCAGCUUUGUCAUUAUUCUCCCGAUGUUUACUUCUCUUACAACAUAAUGCCAGGAAAACUGUUCCUCCGCAAAGAGGUGUUUUACCCCAAAGACAUGUUCAACCAACCGUACAUCCUCAAUCUUUUAUAUGAUCAGAUCAUGAGGGACACUUACUCUGAUAAGUGUGUGAGAAUAAACAGAGAGGAGAGAAGGAAAAUGAAAGAUCUGCUAGCUAAUCUCAAUGUGGGAACAAUGAGUACAAUCCAGGAUGACAACAUGAAAAAAAGGAUCAUCAUUGCUGCUCGGGACAACUGGGAAAACUACUUUUCACGCCUAUUUCCCAUUAAGUCAGACAGUGGUGAUGCUCAAAUUUUGGGUGUGUGUCAUCGUGGAAUUCGUCUCCUGAAGAUGGUAGCUGCAUCAGGCAUUGAUCCAAAACAUCUCCGUCUCCUUCGAAGCUACAGUUUUGCAGAGUUGCUUUCAGUUGAUCUCUGUGGUACAAACCAAGUGCAGUUGGAGCUGAUGAAUGAAAACCUUAAGCUGUACUCCUCCAGAGCCCCUCAAAUAAUUGCCAUGGUUAAGUUCUUCCUCAAAGAGCUCAUUAAGAACUCUGGUCACAUGGUUGCCAUGAAGAGUUUUGUAACAGAUGACCAUAGCCUGCUCAGCUUCAGCAAAGGCGAUGUUGUCAAAUUGCUCCCGAUGGAGGGACUCCAAACAGGUUGGUGUUUUGGCACAAUGGGAGGACGCUCUGGUCUAUUCCCAGAGGAUCUAACACAACCAUGUGCUCCUUUGGACUACCAUUAUCUCCAGUUGGAUCGAAGAGAUGAUUGGUGUAAAAGCACGAGAGCUGCAAGAACUUCCAGUCAACAAAAUGAAAAGCUAGUUCCCAUCAGCAAGCAAAUUAAAAGGAUCGAUUCAGAGUGGACUACCCCAGAUGUCUCAUCCAAAAUAAUAGCACAGACAUCCAUCCAGGGGUCACUUGAAGAAUUACAGAGGACAAACAGUGAUUCAGAGAGGCAAAUAGAUGUCUCAUCACAAAGAUCAGUGCAGAUUUCCAUCCAGGGGUCAAUUCAAGACGAAUCGCUCCAAAUGACCCCAAUGGCUGAGUUUGCCACAAAAUUCUUUAGAAUGGAAAAUGAAGGCUGGGGAUCAAGCGUCAGAACCUUUUCUGAAGCAGUUCAAUUUACAGAGGUGCCCAUUAAAGAAUCCCUAAUUCUCUACAAUGACCCAAGCAGCAAUGAUUUAUCAGUCCAGUGCUUUCAAAAUGUGAUGCAGAUUAUGGGUGAUACAGCCAUGAAAAAGCAUACCACCCAAGCAGACUGUCUGAAACAUAUCUUGCUGCUAGGGAAGGAAAGAGAACUUCUAAGAGAUGAAAUCUACUGUCAGGUUAUCAAGCAAACCAUCAACAACCAUACUAACUCCAGCUGCAGUAGAGGAUGGCGUCUACUCAACCUAAUUACUGGGUUCUUCCCCUGUUCUGGUAAUCUAAAGCCCUAUGCUACACACCACCUGAAUGACAUCGCAAAAGACCAAAAUCAUCCUUACCAAGAGCUUGCAUCUGUGUGUCAAGAUAACCUUCGGCGAUCCCUCAGUUUUGGUGGCCGCCGUAACAUCCCUUCACAUAUUGAGAUGGAGUCGAUCCUGGCUGGCAAAUCCUCACAAGUCAUUUCCAUCCAGCUCCCAGGACAGGUGGAAUUCCCUGUCAUAAUACAUAGCUUCACUAUUGCUGCUGAUGUGGUAAACAAAUUCUGCAAAGAAAUGAAUAUCUCAAAUCUCUCCGAAAUGAGAGAAUUCUUGAUCUUCGCCAACAGACAGCAAGAUGGAAUGGUGCGCCCUCUUCAUUCCAAUGAGUAUGUGAUGGACUUUUUGUUGGAUGAUGGCUCCAUUUUCUUGUCAUCAAGGAGAGUGAUGUGGCGAAACCCUCUGCAUUUCAACAAUGAUUUAUUUGUGGAGUUUCACUUUCAACAGCUCCAGGUUGACUACUUGAACGGGCUGAUCCAACUUAGUGCUGCUGCAAAUGGUUCAUCAUCAAUACACCAGCUUGCAGAGCUGUCAGUCCUGCAACACCUAUCCCAGGAACAAAAAAAACAGCUGUCAAUGUUGGAGAUAAAGCAAUACUUGCCUGCUCAGGAGAGGCAGAACACUAAUCUGGAUGAGAUCCACUCUUUCUGUUUGAGCAAAUUUGCAGCCAUGAAGUCUCUCAACCCCGUCGAAGCCAAAAUACAGUUCAUUGUGGUUCUGAGUGGCCAACAGCUGUUUAGCUCCAACAAUUACUUGGCCCAGAAAGUGACCCGACAUGGAUGUCCUUCCCCCUGCAUGAUCAGUGUCAACCAUGAUGGAGUUCUAUUUCUUCAUCCUAAAACACAGGAGAAAGUGUUUCAAAUUCCUCUCAAAGAUGUUCAGUCCAUGCGAACUGUGGGACCCAAAAAUGCAGGAAAGCUGUCAUCGAUGGACAUCAUUUAUGGCAAACUGAGUCAACCUCAAAAAAUAACAAUUCAUAUGAAACAGGUGAUGAAUCUUACCAUUUUCUUUUUUCUUUUUUAGCUGGCACUGUUUUUUCCCUUUCACACAAUUAUCAAGUAAAAUAAGUUUCUGAAUUGGCAAUAACUGAAAGUCAAAAGAUUAGUUAGAAAUUAUGUUGGAGAACUCUGAUGAUUGGAUGAACAAGAUACUCGAGACGUAGAUACUUUCAACUCCAAACAUUUUUUUAAUUUCAUAAUUGACACACAGGAGUACAUAUUUCUUUAGCACAAAUUAUUAUUACAAUAUUUUAUAAAUUGCUGAUGUCAUUUAUGAUAUCGUGAUCAAUGAAUCAUUUUAUAUUCCUUCAAUCGACCUGCCUUGAUCUGUGCCCACCAAGUUACCCUUCUGUCACCCCUCACUCAUUGACUCACAUUGCAAAAUGCCACAAACUGAAUAGUUGUAUGCUAUAUUGUACUUUCAAUUUGGGUUGUAUUUUUAUUAUAUAUAUAUAUUUUUUUGUGCGCAACCCAGAAUGUCUGUGUGCAGAGACCACAUCAGCAGUGUGCAAUUGUGCACACGCUUAGCUUAGAGGAAACAGUCACUGAUGGUGUAGUGGUACACACACCCGACUUUGGUGUGGGCAGUGUAGGAUCGAGUCCCGCUCAGUGAUGGUCGAUAUCUGCCCUGCAAUUGUAUGCCGUCCACUUUAGAGUCUCGUCUGCCUUUCACCUGAAGCGAGCUGGGAUUGUUCCAGCUCUCCUGUUACUCUUGUGAGGAUGAGUGGCAUGAAUAAUGGAGGGAUGAAUCAGUUCUUUAAAAAGAUUCAUUCACGGGAUAGAUAUAGCUAUAUUGCAGCCAAAUCAGUUAAGUUCAUUUUUGCUAAUUAAGGAAGACAUGGCUCCCUAUAUUGAUUUUCUAUCCAUCCAUCCAUUUUCUCAUCCUCACGAGGGUCGUGGGAGUGCUGGAGCCAAUCCCAGCUGUCGUCGGGCAGGAGGCAGGGUACACCCUGAACUGGUUCCCAGUCAAUUGCAGAGCACAUGGAGACAGACAACAGUUGCACUCACAAUCACACCUUGGGGCAAUUUAGAGUCUCCAAAUAAUUUACGUUUUUGGGAUGUGGGAGAAAACCCACGUAGACGCGGGGAGGACAUGAUAAUCAAACACAGGUGGGGCCGGGAAUUGAACCCGAGUCUUCAGAACUGUGAGGCCAACGCUUUACAGCCGUUCCAGUGGUCCACCAGAUCAAACACUAAAUCUGAAAUUUUGCAGGCCAAAAAUGUUUUAAACAGUGUCACACAAUAAUCAUUGACAAAAAGUAGUUUACAUGUUCUCCCCAUGCCCGUGUAGGUUUUCUCCAGGCACUUCGGUUUCCUCCCACAUCCCAAAAACAUGCAACAUUAAUUGGACAUUUUAAAUUGCCCCUCGGUGUGAUUGUGAGUGCGGCUGUUUGUCUCUAUGUGCCCUCAAAGUAAAGCAACCAGUUCAGGGUGAACCCCGCCUCCUACACAUUGACAGCUGCGAUAGGCUCCAGCACUCCUGCGAAGUUUGUGAGGAUAAGCAGCUAAGAAAGAAAGAAAGUGUAUGUUUCAUGCCAGUGCAAUUUGUAGGCCGGUCCCAAGCCCGGAAAAAUGCAGAGGGUUGCGUCAGGAAGGGCAUCCGGCGUGAAACUGCACCAAACAAAUAUGAGCGUUCAUCUAACGAACACAUAGCGGAUCAGUCGUGGCCCAGGUUAAAAACAUGUUGGUGAAGGAAGCAGAGGUGAUGAAGAAGUGAUUGGUAAGUACCGUAUCCAGGAAAGGAACUUUGAGGAACAGAUGGUGGUGGACUUUGCAAAAAGGUUGGAAAUGGCAGUCGCGAACAUUUUUAUUUUCCCCAGAAGAGGCUGGAACAUUGAGUGACUUACACGAGUGGAGGUAGAAGCACGCAGGUGGAUUAUAUUUUGUGCAGACGAUGUCAUCUGUAGGAGGUUACUGACUGUUGGGUAAAGUGGAGCUCGACAGCAUAUGAUGGUGGUGUGUAGGAAGGUUAAGAAGACAAAAGUUAGAGCAGAGAACCGAGUGGUGGAAGUUGAGAAAGGAAGAAUGUUGUGCGGCCUUUUGGAAAGAGGUGAGACAGGCUCUCGAUGGACAGGAGGAGCUCCUGGAACACUGGACUACUACAGCCAAGGUGAUCAGAGAGACAGGCAUGAGAGUACUUGGUUUGUCUUCUGGUAGGAAAGGGGAGGAGACUUGGUGGUUGAACCCCAAAAUACCCAAAGUCAUACAAGGAAAGAGAUUACCAAAGAAGUGGGACACAGAGGACUGAGGAAAGGCGAAAGGAAUACGUUGAGAUGCAACAUAGGGCAAAGGUAGAGGUGACGAAGAUUAAACAAGAGGCAUAUGAUGACAUGUACACCAGGUUGGACAUUAAAGAAGGAAAAAAGGAUCUCUACAGGUUGGCCAGACAGUGGAAUAGAGAUAGGAAGGAUGUGCAGCAGGUAAGGGUGAUUAAGGAUAGAGAUGGAAAUGUGUUGACUGAUGCCAGUCGUGUGCUAAAUCAAUGGAAAGAAUACUUCAAGAAGUUAAUGAAUGAAGAAAAUGAGGGAGAAGGAAGAGUAGAAGAGUCAAGUGUGAUGGACCAGGAAGUGGCAAUGAUUAGUAAGUAGGAAGUUAGAAAGGCACUCAAGACGAUGAAAAAUUAAAAGGCAGUUGGUCCUGAUGACAUACCUGGGGAGGUAUGGAAGAAAUUUGGAGAGGUGGCUGUGGACUUUUUGGCUAACUUAUUCAACAGAAUCAUGGUGGGUGAGAAGAUUCCUGAGGAAUGGAGGAAAAGUGUGCUAGUUUUUUUUUUUUUUUAAGAACAAAGGCAGUUUGGAGAGCUGUGGGAAGUGUCGAGGAAUAAAGUUGAAGAGCCACACAAUGAAGCAUGGGAAAGAGUAGUCGAGGCUAGACUCAGGACAGAAGUUAGUAUCUGCAAGCAACAGUAUGGUUUCAUGCCUAGAAUAAGUACCACAGAUGCAUUAUUUGCCUUGAGGAUGCGAGUGGAAAAUUACAGAGGACAGAAGGAGCCACAUUGUGUUUUUGUGGAUCUUGGAAACCUAUGGCAGAAUACCGAGAGGAAUUGUGAUCCGACAUGCGUAAAUCUGGUGUGGUGGAGAAAUAUGUCAGAAUAGUACAGGGCAUGUAUGAAGGGAGAAGAACAGUGGUGAGGUGUGCCGUAGGUUUGACAGAAGAAUUUAAGGUGGAGGUGGGGCUGCAUCAGGGAUCAGCUCUGAGCUCCUUCCUGUUUGCUAUAGUAAUGGUUAGACUGACACAUGAGGUUAGACUGGAAUUCCCUUGGACCAUGAUGUUCGCAGAUGACAUUGUGAUAUGCAGUGAAAGCAGAGAUCAGGUGGAGGAACAAUUAGAAAUAUGGAUUCAUUCCCUGGAAAGGAGAGGAAUGAAGAUUAGCAGAGGUAAAACUGAAUAUAUGUGCAUGAAUGAGAGGGGGCAGGGUGAAGAGAUAGCAAAGAUGGAUGACUUCUUGGGGUCAACAAUCCAGAGCAAUGGUGAGUGUGGUAAGGAAGUGAAGAAACAGGCCCAAGCAGGUUGGAACAGCUGUCGAAAGGUUUCUGGUGUUUCAUGUGACAGAAGAGUCUCACCGAGGAAGGCAAAGUUUACAAAACAGUGGUGAGGCCACCCAUGAUCUACAGAUUACGUACGGUAGCACUGAAGAGACAAACAGGAAGCAGAGCUGUCUGUGGAAGAAAUGAAGAUGUAGAUGUUCUCGCGAGGAGUGAGCAGGUUGGAUAGGAUUAGAAAUUAGCUCAUUAGAGGGACAGCCAAAGUUCGAUGUUUUGGAGACAAGAUUCUAGAGAGCAGACUUUGAUGGUUUCGACAUGUCCGGAGCAGAGAGUGGGAGUCUAUUGGAAUAAGGGUGCUGAGGAUGAGUUUCCAGGCAAAACAGCGAGAGGAACACCAAAGAGAAGGUUGAUGGAUGUUGUGAAAGAAGACAUGAGGGCAGUAUGUGUUAGAGAGGAAGAUGCAGGAGAUAGGCUUAGAUGGAAAAUGAUGGCACGGUGUGGCAAUCCCUAAUGGGACAAGCCGAAAGGAAAGGAAGAACAAAGAAGAAUCUGUUGUGACUGACACCCAUGUGAAUGUAGUCCUUGAAGUACAACAACGUAAUACAAGACAGAUUUGAGGAAGAUUGUUCAAAACAGGGAGUGUCAAAUGUUCCACUAAUUAAAGUCAAAGUAAAAGAAAAUUCAUUUUGUUUGUUAACUUGAGAAAGAGCACACAAUUCAUUUAUUUAAAAUAGGGUUAAAUUUACUGGAGGAUGCAGAGGAGCAUUAUGGUGCACUGUUUCCUCCUCUUGAGAUGUCGGAAGGUGGACAAGAAUUUCCUCAAAGCCAACGAGAAGUUUUUCUUCAUGACCUCACCGAACUCUUCCCAUGCCUGAGAAAAGCUCCAGCAAAAGUUUUAGAUUGCACCAUGAUUAAGCCUAACGUAAUAUUGGGGGCACGGAACUGGACCCAAUUAAACCUACAACUUCUGUCGACAAAGGUUAUGAAGAGAAUUUGUGACAAACAGCAUCCUUGGCAGUCCAACCCUAACUGGAAAAUAAUCCAACCUACUGUUGGCAAUCUGAUCCAAACUUUGACACCCGUUGCACAGUGAUAGAACAGUCCUGAUCAGAGGGUUGAGUAAUUGAUUGGUCAGAUGGGCCUGGACAUGUACUGGCUUCAGCAGGGGGACAGUUCUGAGCCUGCAGGAUUUGUGUCCCAAGCAGUGUAGUGUGUUACUAAUAGCUUUUGCUAAUUUGGUCCAAGGUCACUGCAUGUCUUUCAUUCGGUCCCCCCAUAGGGUUCUGGGUCUUGUGAUUAUUUUUGCCCUUAUGGGGUAAGAUCUUGUGUGCAGCCCCAGAAGGAGAGAGAUUAUCAGUUGGCUGACAAUAGAUUUCUUCAUAUCAAACUGCUUACCUAUUGCAGAUACAGUCUCCCCAGUCUGGUGCAGGUCUACAAUUUUGUUUCUGGUGUCAUAUCACAAUUCUUUGAUGUUGGCCAUAGUAGAGUUUUGAGUGUGACUCAGGUUGUGGACAGGUGUCUUUCAUACUUAUCACGAGAUUGAUUGAUAUGCACCCUUCAAGAUCUUGCUGAGGGUGUAGAGAAGAGCCGUUCCAGUCUUCUAUUCCCAGGACAAAAACCACACUUCUACUCCGGAAUCUGAGUUUACACGAGGAAGCAGAGUCUGGGUUCUCUGUGCUCGAGCUCUUCUGUCUCUUCUGGUUGAGGUCACCAAGGUUGUUAAAAAGCUUCUCAGGCAAAAAGCGCUAAAAAAGCUUCCCAGGCAGGGCCCCAGGGGUGGAUGAGAUUCACCCAGAGUUCCUAAAGCCUCUUGAUGUUGUGGGGGUGUCCUGGUUGACAUGUUUCUGCAAGAUUGGGUGGACAUCAGGGACAAUGCCUCUGACUGGGGUGGUGGUCCCUGUUUUUAAGAUGGGGGACCGUGAUGUGUGUUCCAACUGCCAGGUGAUCACACUCCUCAGUCUCCCUGGUAUGGUCUAUCCAGGGAUGCUGGAGAGGAGGGUCCAUCGGGAAGUCAAAUCUUGGAUUCAGGAGGCGCAAUUGGGUUUUUGUCCUGGUUGUGGAAUUGUGGAACACCUCUACAUCCUCAGCAUGAGCCUCGAGGGUGCAUGGGAGUUUGUCCAACCAUGUACAUGUCCAUCUACAUGUGUUUUGUGGACUUGGAGAAGGCAGUCGACCAUUUCCCUCGGGGAGGCCUGUUUGGGGUUCCUCAGGAGAAUAGGGCACCGACCUCCCUGAUACAGGCUAUUCAGUCCCUGAACGACUGGUGUCAAAGUUUGGUCCACAUUGCUGGUAAUAAGUCGGACUCGGUUGCAGUGAGAGUUGGACUCCGCCAAGGCUGCCCUUUGUCAGCAAUGUUGUUCAUAACUUUUACUGUAUGGACCGAAUUUCGAGGUGCAGCCAAGUUGUAGAAGAUGUAAGUUUUUUUGGCCUCAGCAUUGUAUAUCUGCUCUUUACAGAUGAUGAGGUUGUCUUGACUUCAUCAAGCUGUGAUCUCCAACGCUCGUUUGAGCAGUUCGCAGCAGAGUGUGAAGCAGCUGGGAUGAGACUCAGCACUUCCGAAUCUGAGACCAUGGUCCUCAGUCGUAAAAGGGGGAUGUGUCCUCUCUGGGUCGGGACGACACCCUGGCCCAAGUGGAGAAGUUCAAGAAUCUAGGGGUCUUGUUCACAAGUGAGGGAAGAAUUGAAGCAGGAGAUUGAUAGGCGAACUGGUGCAGCGUCUUUAGUGAUGAAAACUGUAUCAGUCCGUUGUGGUGAAGUAGAAACUAAGUCAAAGGUCGAAGCUCUCAAUUUACCAGUCAAUCUUCGCUCCUACCCUCACCUAUGGUCACAAGCUGUGGGUCAUGACCAAAAGAACAAGAUCCCAGAUACUAGCGGCCCAAAUGAGUUUCGUCUGCAGGCUGUCCAGGCUCUCCCUUAGAGAUAGGGUGAGAAGCUCGGUCAUCUGGGACGGACGGGCUCAGUGUCAAGCUGCUGCUCAUCCGUAUUGAGAGGAGCCAGAUGAGGUGGCUGGGGCAUCUGAUCCUGAUGUCUCCCGGACACCUCCCUGGAGAGCUGUUUCGGGUAAGUCCCACCGGAAAGAUACCCUGGGUAUGACCCAGGACACACUGGAGAGACUAUGUCUCUCAACUGGCCUGGGAACGCCUCCGUAUCCCUCCGGAAGACCUGGAUGAAAAGGCCGGGGGAAGGGAAGUCUGGGUAUCCCUGCUAAAACUACUCCCCCCACAACCCUGACGCAGAAAAGAAGUAGAAGAUGGAUUGAUGUCACCUACAUCAAACUGCAUUUUGCAGUACUGAACAUUAAUAAGUUGCUUGUUUCGAAAAAGAAAGACUCCGCAGGAUGUACCAGGGAAUUAAACGAAGUAACUUCAAUUAAAUUUUUGGAUAAAUUGAACAUUGGUGUGAUGUUUCUAAUUUUUACUUGCCAUGCAGAAUUUGGGGUACAGAAGGUAUGUAUUGUCACACAAGAUAAAUAUGUGUUGUGUAAUUAUUAAUAUGUUCA